AACAGAGAAAAAUAUAGAUCACGAUCGAUCUAACGAAAAGAUUUACUUUCGAAAAAGUUCAAUCGACUAGUAUCGACACGGGCUCACGUUCUUAAUUAUUUGAAAAUUAAAGUAAGUGAUAUUUCAUCUAUGUUAUUUAAAAUCAGUGAUAACGUUCGUUCGAGUUUUUGAACAUCAAGAAAGGAAUUGAUAGAUAAUCGUUCACACGUGAAAUAACGAAGGAUUAUUAUAAGAAGAAUUAUAAUAAUAAUAAUAAUUAUUAUUAUUAUUAUUAUUAUUAUUAUUAUCAUCGUUUCGGUAGGAAGGUGAUCGGAUAAGAUUUCUCCUAGUUUCUUUUUUGUGCGGUGAAAAAAGAAAGAAAGAAAGAAAGAAAAGACAUACGUACGUAGAUACAUCUCAAUCAACGAUGGACCGUGUCAACGUAUUAUCUUCCAUGGAAACGUCGUCGCAAUAUACGUUUUGACUUGAUUUUGUAUAAAGUAAAAAAAAAAAAAUAAGAACAAAAAAAAAUAAGAAAAAAGAAAGAAGAAAAGGAAAGCCGAGAAAGAAGUUAACACAGUGAUUUACCAUACGUACAUCGGACAGUGAUAUAUAUACAUAUACAUACACACAUAUAUAUAUAUAUAUAUAUAUAUAUAUAUAUAUGUAUCAUCGUUGAUUGACUAUGAAUGAAAAUCGUUUAGUUGCCGUUACCUUGUGACCUUGUAAAUCUUGACGAGUGCUUGACGAACUAUAUUAAUGACAUAUAUACCCGGGUACGUGAGUUGCGCGUUUAUUGAAACAAAAAAGAAAAGGAAAAAAGAAAAAAAGAAAAAUAAAUAAAUAAAUAAAUAAAGAAGUAAAGAAAUAAAUAAAUAAUAAAAAGGGAAAGAAGAAAAGAAGAAAAAAUGAUCGUCCUUCGUUGUACCAACGAUUCAAUGUGUUCUCGCGUAAAUAGGAAGUGAAUUGUAUCGUAGACAUCCUUUUUUUUUUUUUUUGGCGAAGGGAGCGACGAAGAAGAGAAAAAAGGAGAGAGAAGAGGAGAACAGAACGAAUACAAAACAAAACAAUACAAACGAACGAGCAAACAAACAAAGCGUACAAGCUGACGAGUACUCGAGUGAAAUUAUUCUAUUCGUCUUCGUACGGGAUUUUUGUCUAUUUUCACGAACGGCGAUGGAUUCGCAGCAGCUCGUUGAAACGAGCUCGCAAAAUAGUCAGGACAUCGUCCUGCCUAAACCAACCAGUAGCACGCCACGACACAGCAUCGAUGCCAUACUCGGCCUGGCUAAUCACAAAAGGAAUCAUCAAGAGAUGGAAGACAGUACUCGCGAGUCUCAGGAGAACACUGGUGAGAACAGCUGCAACUCAACCGGCGGUGGUAGCGAUGAGGAACUUGGCGCGGGUUGCGGGGACGAUAUUAACGGGAACGGCGGAAAAAAGAAGCAUCGUCGUAACAGAACGACCUUCACCACUUACCAGCUGCACGAACUUGAGAGAGCAUUCGAAAAAUCUCACUACCCCGAUGUUUAUUCAAGGGAGGAACUUGCCAUGAAAGUCAAUCUUCCUGAAGUACGCGUUCAGGUGUGGUUUCAAAACAGACGAGCCAAGUGGCGUAGACAAGAGAAAAUGGAGGCUGCCAGGCUUGGUCUGAGCGAAUAUCAUCACGCCGCUAACAUGAGAAAUGUCGGUGGAACGACUCUUGGAUUACCAGGGGAUCCUUGGCUCGCACCACCAGGACUUUUGAGCGCGCUACCAGGAUUCCUGGCCGCACCGCACACGGGAUAUCCAAGUUAUUUAACGUCCCCGAGACGAUUGCCCUCUCCUCCUAACGUUGCCGCUGUGGCUAAUGCGGUCCCAGGAACAUUGGGAGGUGGAAUGCCAAGCAUAGGAGGAGGUAGUCAUGUCCAACCACCACCUCCGAGUCCACCGGGUCACGACCCUCGUACGACCAGCAUCCAGGCGUUAAGAAUGCGAGCCAAGGAACACGUCGAGAGCAUCACCAAGGGACUUCAAAUGGUCUGAAGUUUAACGUACGACUCGAGAAGAUAACCGAAUGUCCCAUGCACGGCUGAUGGCGAAUUCAUCGUCGCAGUUGUCAUCGAUUACGAGAAAUGGAAAUUACUACGAUCGACGAUUUUACCAUCAUCGAAAUUUUUCCAUUGAUCGUACAAAUUCCAUCUUCUUCGUUCUUAUAUAUAUAUAUAUUUAUAUAUACGUUGAUGAAUGAACUUAACUCUUUUGGAUCUUCGAGAAGGGCCCGAAAGCUCUAACAAAAUCGUUCUCCUCCGUUUUUAAAGAACUAUAACCGAGGAAUCUAAAGAAGUUAGUACCUGCUUUCGUUGUGUUCGUCGAGAAAGAUCCUUCCGUAAUGACAUUGAUGAUGAUGAUAAUGAUGAUGAUGAUGAUGGUGAUGGUGGUGAUGAUGAUGGUGAUUAUAGUGUUGAUGGUGCGCCGAUCGACGAAGUAAUUCGAAAUAAUUCGUUGAUAAAGUAAUUUGUUGAAACGAAGAACAAAAGAGAGACAAAGCUAAGAGAAGAAAAAAAAAACAAGACAAAACAAAAAAAAGAACGAGAAAGAAAAAAAAAAUAUAUAUAUAUAUAUAAAACGGAAAGGGAAGGGGGGGGGG